UUUGUAUCCUUGGUUUGUUAUUUUGUGCCGCUUGUGAUUUGCUAAAAGUUACUUUCCUUAACUCUGUCGCCUUUACACCAUUCGAGUACAUGAUCCUGGCCACCAUCACUGCCAACUGUGUCGUCCUGGCCUUGGAGCAGCACCUCCCAGGAGAGGAUAAGACCCCCAUGGCAAAAAAACUGGAGAAGACAGAGCCGUACUUUAUUGGGAUCUUCUGCUUCGAGGCGGGGAUCAAGCUGGUGGCCCUCGGUUUUGUUUUCCAUAAAGGUUCCUACCUGAGGAACGGCUGGAACGUCAUGGACUUCAUAGUCGUGCUCAGUGGGAUCCUGGCCACUGCCGGUGCCCACAUGAACAUCCCAGUUGACCUCCGAACCCUGAGGGCCGUGCGAGUGCUGAGGCCUCUCAAGCUCGUCUCCGGGAUCCCCAGCCUGCAGAUUGUGCUGAAGUCCAUCAUGAAGGCCAUGAUCCCGCUGCUCCAGAUCGGCCUCUUGUUGUUCUUCGCCAUCCUCAUGUUUGCCAUCAUCGGCCUGGAGUUCUACAGCGGGAAGCUCCACCAAAACUGCCUGCCAUCGGACUACAUCCUCGAAAAUGAAACCAUUGACUCGUCGGAGUUGGCGUUUGCGUGUGGAGUGAGGAAGUGUCCGGAGCUGUACGACUGCAACGACACCUGGAUCGGGCCCAAUGACGGCAUCACGCAGUUCGACAACAUCCUGUUCGCUGUGCUCACCGUCUUCCAGUGUAUCACCAUGGAGGGAUGGACGGCCGUCCUCUACAAUACCAACGAUGCCUUGGGUUUCACAUGGAACUGGAUGUACUUCAUCCCUCUCAUCAUCAUCGGCUCAUUCUUUGUGCUGAACCUGGUGUUGGGAGUCUUGUCUGGAGAGUUUGCCAAGGAGAGGGAGAGGGUGGAGAACCGGCGGGCCUUCAUGAAGCUGCGGCGCCAGCAGCAGGUGGAGCGAGAACUGAACGGCUACCGAGCCUGGAUAGACAGGGCAGAGGAGGUGAUGCUUGCGGAGGAGAAUAAAAGUUCAGGGAGAUCGCCGUUAGACGUUCUGAAGAGAGCGAGUAAGAAGACCGGUGCACGUAGAGGAGCGCCAGGGGACGAGAAGUACACCGACAUGUCCACAGCAAACAUGUCCCGAUCGAGGAUGAACUUCCGCAGUGGCCGCCGUGGCCCAGCUGCCUACCUGCGACGUAAAGAGCGCAUGUUACGCAUCUCCCUCCGGCGCAUGGUGAAGACGGACACGUUCUACCUGAUGGUGCUCAGCCUGGUGGCUCUGAACACCAUCUGUGUGGCCAUCGUCCACCACAACCAGCCCGACUGGCUGACCCUCUUCCUCUACUAUGCAGAGUUUGUUUUCCUGGGGCUGUUUUUGGCGGAGAUGUUUCUGAAAAUGUAUGGUCUGGGUUUCCGGCUCUACUUCCAGUCAUCUUUCAACCGCUUCGACUGUGCGGUUAUUGUCGGCAGCAUCUUCGAGGUGGUUUGGGGCUUCUUCCGGCCUGGCAUGUCGUUUGGUCUCAGCGUACUGAGAGCACUGAGACUCCUGAAAAUUUUUAAGAUCACCAAGUACUGGUCCUCGCUCAGGAACCUGGUUGUUUCCCUCAUGAGCUCCAUGAAGUCCAUCAUCAGUCUGCUGUUUCUUCUCUUCCUCUUCAUCGUGGUGUUUGCUCUGUUGGGGAUGCAGCUUUUCGGAGGAAGGUUCAUCUUUGAAGAUUACACUCCCACCAAUUUUGACACGUUUCCAGCUGCCAUCAUGACAGUGUUUCAGAUUCUGACUGGUGAGGACUGGAACGAGGUGAUGUACGAUGGGAUUCGCUCACAGGGAGGAGUGCAGUAUGGCAUGUGGUCAUCGAUCUACUUCAUUGUGCUCACACUAUUUGGAAACUACACACUGCUGAAUGUCUUCUUGGCCAUCGCUGUGGAUAAUCUGGCAAACGCACAGGAACUGACAAAGGACGAGGAGGAAGAGGAGUUCUUCAACCAGAGAUAUGCCAGGGGCAGGGAUGGCCUGAUCUCUGAUGGUAGAAGAAGACCCUACCUAUACAGGAAACGUGCAAUCCACCGAGGUCGUCCAACCUUCCCAGACGAGCCCGAGUGUGUGCCAGGGGCCCCCGACGAGCAGCCUCUCAAUGGCGCCAGACCAUUCUCCAAUCGACGAGAGAGGAGGAGAAAAGUUAACAUGUCAGUCUGGGAGCAGAGAGCCAACCAGCUACGCAAACGCCGCCAGAUGGCGAGCAGGGAGGAGCUGUGUAGCGCCCCUGCAGAGGACACCAGUGAAACUCCCAGCAACGCCCACAAUGUCCCCACCCUUUCCCCACAGGCCAGUCCGGGUCAGCUGCCGGAGUCUCCCAUGUCAGUUGGGAUGCCCCUCCCUGAGCCUCCGAUGUCCAUCUCCAUCGCCAUCCCUGAGCCUCCGGCGGCUGAGCCUCUGGUGAGCCUGAGUGAGGAGAAAACAGCAGGGGCCAACCACCGCACCACAGGCGGAGGCAGGCACAGGAUGGCCCGCAAGUUCAGGCCCAGUCAGGGGCCGGAGGAAGGGGCCCGGCACAGACGCCACCGGCACCGUGAGGCUCGCAGUGAGGCCAAGAGUCUGGACUGCACUCAGACGCCCCAUGAGGUGCAACAAGUGAGACGCUCGCUCAGCCAGGAGAGGAAGAUACUGGACGAGAGGGAGGAGAAGGAAGAAAGAGAGGAGAGGGGGAAAACCGAGGCGGAGGGAGGGUCGGUCCAAGAUGAUGGUGGAACCUGCAUCGUCAACCCAUAUGCGGAUGUUGGAGACGACUGCAGAAGAUCUGACAUCCCUGAUCCUCCUCAAUGCGAGCAGCUGCUUGACUGUUCCUGGUCCGAGCAGGGUGAGGGCCGUGUGGAGCCGGCGUUGGAGGCCACAGAGUACACUGUGAGCGCCAUGGAGGCCGAGAACUGCCCGGUUCCCAUCAAACGUGACAGGUCCCACCUGGAGGGGAGCGUGGCCAUCGAGAUGUCUGCACAGCCGCUGCUGGAGCUCACACCCAUGACAGUGAACAGUAAAGAGCUGGAGGCGUACCACUCCGAGGAGACGGAGGAGGAGGAACCUCCGACUCCUCCCAAACCCAUCGCCCCAGACAGCAUGUUCAUCUUCAAGGCCUCCAACCCCAUCAGGAGGAUCUGCCAUUAUGUGGUGAAUCUACGUUACUUCGAGAUGACCAUCCUCCUUGUGAUCGUGGCAAGCAGCAUUGCACUGGCCGCUGAGGACCCCGUGGCCGCCAGCUCGGACAGGAACAAGGUCCUCCGUUACUUUGACUACGUCUUCACUGGAGUGUUCACCUUUGAAAUGAUCAUCAAGAUGAUAGACCAGGGCCUCAUCCUUCACGACGGCUCCUAUUUCCGAGACAUGUGGAACAUCCUGGACUUCAUCGUGGUGGUGGGGGCUCUGAUUGCCUUUGCUCUGACGAAUGUGAUGGGGAACAACAAAGGCCGAGACAUCAAGACAAUAAAGUCUCUCCGAGUACUGAGAGUCCUGCGGCCUCUUAAAACCAUCAAGAGACUUCCUAAACUCAAGGCUGUUUUUGACUGUGUCGUCACGUCCCUGAAAAACGUCUUCAACAUCCUCAUCGUGUAUCAGCUCUUCAUGUUCAUCUUUGCUGUCAUUGCCGUGCAGCUCUUUAAGGGGAAGUUCUUCUACUGCACUGACAGCUCCAUGAAUUCAGAGAAGGAAUGCCAAGGCUUCUACAUUGACUACAGCAGAGACAAGAAGGAGGUGAAGAAGAGAGAGUGGAGGAGACACGAGUUUCACUACGACAACGUCUGCUGGGCCCUGCUCACACUGUUCACGGUCUCGACUGGGGAGGGAUGGCCUCAGGUCCUGCAGCACUCGACUGACGUGACAGAGGAGAACAUGGGGCCGAGUCGUGGGAAUCGAAUGGAGAUGUCAGUGUUCUACGUGGUUUACUUCGUAGUCUUCCCGUUCUUCUUUGUCAACAUCUUCGUGGCUCUGAUCAUCAUCACCUUCCAGGAGCAGGGUGACAAGAUGAUCCAGGAGUGCAGUCUGGAGAAGAACGAGAGGGCCUGCAUCGACUUUGCCAUCAGCGCCAAGCCGAUGACGCGCUACAUGCCCCAAAACAGACAAACCUUCCAGUACCGGCUGUGGCACUUUGUGGCGUCGCCCUCGUUUGAGUACACGGUGCUCGUCAUGAUUGCCCUCAACACUGUGGUCCUCAUGAUGAAGUAUCACUCAGCCCCAACAGCGUAUGAUACGGUCCUGAAACACCUGAACACAGCGUUCACUGUCCUCUUCUCCAUGGAGUGUGUCCUCAAGAUCAUGGCAUUUGGUUUAGUGAACUACUUUCGAGAUACUUGGAAUAUUUUUGAUUUCAUCACUGUUAUUGGCAGCAUCACUGAGAUAAUUGUGGAUUUACAGUCGGUGAACACAAUCAACAUGAGCUUCCUGAAGCUUUUCCGAGCGGCCAGGUUGAUCAAGCUGCUGAGACAGGGUUACACGAUUCGUAUUCUGCUGUGGACGUUCGUGCAAUCGUUUAAGGCUCUUCCGUAUGUGUGUCUCCUCAUUGCGAUGCUUUUCUUCAUAUAUGCUAUAAUUGGAAUGCAGGUGUUUGGAAACAUCAAGCUGAAUGAUGAGAGUCACAUCAAUCAGCACAACAACUUCAAGACGUUCUUCAGCGCGUUGAUGCUUCUGUUCAGGAGUGCGACAGGAGAGUCGUGGCAGGAGAUCAUGCUCUCCUGUCUGUCGGGUCAGGAGUGUGAGCCUGACCCCUCCAUCUCCCCUGACACCUUGUCUCCAGACCACAAGGGAGGCUGCGGGACCGACUUCGCUUACUGCUACUUCGUCUCCUUCAUCUUCUUCAGCUCCUUCCUGAUGCUGAAUCUGUUCGUGGCCGUGAUCAUGGAUAACUUCGAGUACCUGACUCGAGACUCCUCGAUCCUCGGCCCCCAUCACCUGGACGAGUUCGUCCGCAUCUGGGGGGAAUAUGAUCGUCUGGCGUGUGGUCGUAUCCACUACACGGCCAUGUACGAGAUGUUAACACACAUGUCUCCACCUCUGGGCCUGGGAAAAAAAUGUCCUGCUAAGAUCGCAUACAAGAGGUUGGUGUUGAUGAACAUGCCCGUGGACGAGGACAUGUCCGUCCACUUCACCUCCACCCUGAUGUCGCUCAUCCGCACGGCUUUAGACAUCAAGAUCGCCCGAGGUCAGGGUGCAUGUGGUGAGGACCGUGUGGCCCUGGACUCUGAGCUGCAGAAAGAGAUCAGCAUCAUUUGGCCGUAUCUUCCCCAGAAGAACUUAGACCUCCUGGUACCAAUCAACAAAGAUACGGACAUGACCGUGGGGAAGAUCUACGCCUCGAUGAUGAUCAUGGACUAUUUCAAACAGAACAAAGCCAAGAAGCUCAGGCAACAACUGGAGGCUCAGAAGAGUAACUUGAUGUUCAAGCGUCUGGAUGCCGCCGCCCUGCCAGAGGACAUCCUCUCCAACACCCAGCCUCUGCCGAUGAUGGCCCACAGCGCUGGUUCUGCCCUGACCAGAGGAGGCUUCGUGGCGUUGAGCCCGAUCUCACCCCAGGAACUGUUUUUGCAGACGAUAAGCUCCGAUACUGAAGCAAGUCGAGAGCAACCUCUGGAGACGGAGGUUGCCGGUGGCUCCAUGAAGCGUUCGGUGUCCACUGUUGGGGAUCAGCGGGUCAACGGUCUCUGGCAGGACGAGAAAAGUCCUGAGCGACUGUAUCGACCUCGUCACAAAAGCUACAAGGCUGCUGUCUCCCGGUCAGAUCACAAGCAGCAGGCUGACAGGGAGCGUGGCCGCUCUAAGGAGCGCUGCCACCUCCUCUCACCAGACACAUCUCGCUGUAACUCAGAGGAAAGGAGCCUGCAGCCCUCGUGCUCCUCCAGCGUGGAGCGAGCACACGUCCAAGAUAAACAGGGAAACAGCUCAGACAGUCCAGUGCCCUCCACCUCAGAGUCCAGCACCCCCAGCGGCCGACGACCAUUAUCGCAAACCCCGACCCGGUCUCGCCCUCACAUCUCCUACUCCCCGCUCGUGUGUCGCACACAAGCCUCUGUCGGUGAAGACGAGGACGAACAGGGCAGCCCAGAGACCAUGAGGCGAGGCAAGCCCACCCGGGAGGCCAAAAAGGGGGUGGCAGGAGAAGGGCGGGCCGAGGCCGGCCAACACUCGUCCCCGCCUCGACGCUACCCCUCAGAGCCAUUCCUGGCCUCACAAGAGGGGGACCACAGCCCUGACCCCUCUGGUCCCAUGGAGACCUUGACCUUCGAGGCGGCUGUGGCCUGCAGCCUGGGACGCUCAAACACCAUCAGCUCGGCCCGCCCGCGUUUGCGGACUGGCUGGCAGGUCCCCAACGGACACUUUCGGAAGCGUUUGGCGCAGACGACCUCGGUUGCGGGCUGUGAUCCUCUCAGUGACACAGAGGAGGACGACAGGUGCUAGGGACGGGAGGCACAGCGUGGAAGAGGAGGGGGGAUCCCAGUGGAGGUGUUGGAGGAGGAUGCUGUGCAACAGUGUACAGAGUGAAGAUCAAUGUGACUCUUUCUGCAUCAGUGCAUUGAGGCCAAGAGCCCUCUGGAUGUUUGGUCAAAUGUGAACCCAAAACAAUGAAGAACAAUACUUCCUGAAACUGUAGUUGCCAAUUCACACAGAACACUGACAAUAAAUAAGGUCUAUUUCCUGACUUGUACUUGAUGAUAGAGAGUAAUAACACAUCUCAAAUAGUCGUGGGAUGCAGAAAAUACACAAAACAAAUGGAUCAAAUUAUGUCAUUUGUGUCAAUAUAAGGUAUUUUCAUUUCUGAAGAUGUCUCUAAAUGAUUCAGUGUUGCUCUGAACAGUAUUUAUCUGUGGGGUGUGUGGAUAUGUAACUACAUUUUCUUAUAAAUAAUUGGUUUUGUAAAUAGUUUGUGAUCAUCUCACCAUUGCCAUUUAGUAGACCAGAUCAAUACGAUAAGCCAUCACGCAGAGACGAUCGGAUACUUUACCAGACAAUGUGGAUACUAAUACUCAAUAAUGCUGGAUUUUUUUACAGUGUGAAUGAAUGUGCAGGGGGGUAAACCUGCCUGAUUCUCCCCGUCAUUUUUCUUUUUUUGGUAUUGAACAUAAUAAUUUGUGAGAUAUGAAUAAAGUCAUAGAAUAACAUAGAAAAUAUACUUAUUUGUUAUUUCUCCCAGUGUUAUUGUUAAAUCAUGCCUCCGCCAAACUAAAUACCUUUAAAGUUUCCUCAUCAUCCUUCAAAACAGCCUGUUACUUUUGUUUUUACCAGUCUACACCUUUAAAAUAAGAAAUUUCAAACAGUUAUAUUUAACAUUUAAUUUUCUGUCAUUUUACAUCAUUUCAAAUCCAACCUCUCAUCUAUUUUUGCCUUUUUUCUUCCUUGUGAAUAUUGUGUGAACCAUUCCGGACGAUGACUGUAGAAACACUGUAGACACACCAUGACACAUUUUGCUUCACAAAUCAACAUUACUCUAUUGCUUACUAAUAAUGUACAGAGAAGUUGUGCUGUUUGUAACAUUUAGAGAAAAAAAUAUAUUAAACAGCAUCAGUUGAUGAGCUUUAAAGGUAAGGGAAUCGUUGAAAAAAAAGUUCAUUUUAAGAUUUGUGUAUUUGUCUUGUUUGCCUGAAGAGGGCCAAUUCUGUGAAACUCACUUAACCAAAAACAUGGAGACUUGUAUCAUAAAUUCCUGGAAUGCAAAUAAUUUGUGGGUUUUUAUGUGUACAAUAGCUGUAUAUACAAAUAAAGGUGUCCUCAAGUUG